UUAUACAACAAAAUAUAAAAGCCCUUACAACAAAAUUAAAUUAAACACCCACUAGACUUAUAAAACAAGAAUCUUACAACCAAUUCCUAUUUUCCCACUUUCCAUUCACAUUUUUCCUUCACUUUUCUCUUUCUCUCUCCUCCCUCUCCCGUGCCUUUGUGAAUAUGCACACGGUUGGGCUGAAUUGGAAAGACAAACUCCAUAAUUUUACUUUCUCUCUCCUCUUUUUCUCUCACUGAUUGAGCUUGCUCAAAGCUGCCAGCCUACUCAAAUGCUUUUCCUCUGACAAUCACCUCAAAAAAACCCAAUUUUUUUAAUAAAGGAAGAAAUUUUAGAAACACCCAUUAAUUAAUUUCUUCAUGGGGUGCUGUCAAUCCUCUGAAAUUAAACACCCUUUUAACAGAAAUUCUAACCCACCUUUUCACCACCAGCAAACGCCGUCUACGGCUGACGUCGGUGGAGUUGACGGCGGCGCCGGCGGUGGAAGUGGGGUUGUUGUUGGUGGAGGAGGUGGUGGUGGAGUUCCUGCCUUUGCUGAGUUCUCUUUUGCUGACUUAAAAACAGCAACAAAUAAUUUUAGUACAGAAAAUAUAGUGUCAGAAAGUGGUGAAAAAGCGCCUAAUCUUGUUUAUAAAGGCCGUCUCAAGAAUCAACACUGGAUUGCUGUUAAGAAGUUUACCAAAUUAGCUUGGCCUGAUCCUAAACAAUUUGCGGAGGAGGCUUGGGGAGUUGGUAAAUUAAGACACCAAAGGCUUGCAAAUUUGAUUGGAUAUUGCUGUGAUGGUGAUGAGAGGUUGCUGGUUGCUGAGUUCAUGCCUAAUGAUACUCUUGCCAAGCAUUUAUUCCACUGGGAAAACCAGACAAUUGAGUGGGCAAUGCGACUGAGAGUAGCUCUCAAUGUUGCUGAAGCCUUAGAUUACUGCAGUUCUGAAGGUCGUCCAUUGUACCAUGAUCUGAAUGCUUAUAGGGUUCUCUUUGAUGAGAAUGGUGAUCCUAGACUUUCAUGUUUUGGAUUGAUGAAAAACAGUAGGGACGGAAAAAGUUACAGCACCAAUCUUGCCUACACUCCUCCAGAAUAUCUUAGAAAUGGAAAAGUUACUCCUGAAAGUGUUAUUUACAGCUUUGGUACUAUUCUUUUGGACUUGUUGAGUGGAAAGCACAUACCUCCAAGUCAUGCCCUUGACAUGAUACGUGGCAAAAAUAUAAUCCUAUUGAUGGAUUCCCAUUUGGAGGGAAAAUUUUCCACUGAAGAAGCCACUGUAGUUGUUGAUUUGGCAUCUAAAUGUUUGCAAUAUGAACCUCGGGAGAGACCAAACACCAAGGAUCUUGUUUCAACACUUGCCCCAUUGAAUACAAAUCCAGAAGUUGCAUCACAUGUCAUGCUUGGGAUAUCACAGCAAGAAGAAGCACCCUCUACCCCACAGCGACCUCUUUCGGCGAUGGGUGAAGCAUGCUCUCGGAAGGAUCUCACAGCAAUCCAUCAAAUAUUGUUUAUGACACACUACAGAGAUGAUGAGGGAACGAAUGAGCUGUCUUUUCAAGAAUGGACACAGCAAAUGAGAGAUAUGCUGGAAGCGAGAAAGCGUGGAGAUCAUGCUUUUAAGGAAAAAGACUUCAAAACAGCCAUUGACUGUUACUCUCAGUUUAUCGAUGUGGGGACUAUGGUUUCACCAACUGUAUAUGCGAGGAGAAGCUUGUGCUACCUCAUGAAUGACCAAGCAGAUGCAGCCCUUAGAGAUGCAAUGCAAGCACAGUGUGUGCACCCUGAUUGGCCAACAGCCUUUUAUAUGCAGUCAGUUGCCCUUGCUAAACUAGACAUGCAGAAGGAUGCUCUUGAUAUGCUAAGCGAAGCAUCUGGCCUUGAAGAAAAGAGGCAGAAAGGUGGAAGAAGUUAAUCAUCCGAAAAAGGGUAGAUUGACUCUUCUCUGAACCCGAGUGUCUGUAAAAUCUGAGAUGGAAACAGAAGAUUCUUAUUGAUGCAAAAAUUGCAUCAUGUUAUACUUUCGAUUGUAUGAUUGUGUGGUCAUUGUAAGUUAUUGGGGGCUGUAAGAGAUUGAGAAAAAGAGGGGGAGAAGUAAAAAUGAGAAUGCAAUUUGCAAACAAAGUUGCAAAUUAUUCUUUCAUCGUUCAUUUUGAUCAAUUUGACGUGCCAAAUGUGACAACUAUUAUUAGCAAUGCUUGAAUAGAGGAAUGAAAUUAGCAUUUCUUCUUUACAUAUAUUGUACAGGCAACUUGUUUGAACAUAAAGAGAAAUAUUGUCAAUUUAUAAACUGGA